UUUCAGACAGCCACUCUGAAUGAAGUUUUAGACAAUUAUAUACCAGUACAAGUGUGUUCUAUAAGGACUGAUAACUACAGCAGUGAAAGAUCAGGAUUAUUGUAAAGAGAAGAAUGGAGAUGAAGGAGGAGAUUUAUGCAAAUGCAGUUGUAGCAGACAAUAAAGCUGAGUCCAGUGACAGCGAGCAUUCAUAUGAAGACGUUUAUGUGAAUGAGGACAAUUUGCAGUCCCAGAGGGACAAGCAGUCAGAGAACUCAGGUGGAGAGACUACAAGGAGCAGGUGUUACAGACUGACUGCAGUGUGUGUGGUGCUUUGGCUGUGUGUUCUCCUGCUGACUGCCAUCACAGCGCUGUGGAUCAAAUUCAAUAUCCUUAGUACAGAAAAAGACAUGUUGGAGACCAGUCACAACAACCUGACUAUAGAGAGAGGCCAGUUACAGACCAGUUAUAAUACCCUGACUAUAGAGAGAGACCAGUUACAGACCAGUUAUAAUACCCUGACUAUAGAGAGAGACCAGUUACAGACCAUGUACAACACCUUGACUAAAGAGAGAGACCAGUUACAGGCCAGGUACAACACCGUGACUGAAGAGAGAGAGAAGUUACAGAGGGAUAAAGCAGAACUCCAGAGGUUUUCUAAACUGGGUCUGGAUCCAGGAUGGAUAUGUUUCAGCUCCAGUAUUUACUACAUCUCUAAUGAAGAGAAGACCUGGCAUGAAAGCAGACAGGACUGCGGAAGGAGAGGAGUAGACCUGAUGAUCAUAAACAACAAAGAGGAACAGGAGUUUAUCACAAAACAUCUGGGCAACAGACAGGCUUGGAUUGGUCUGAGUGACAAAGACAAAGAGGGGGAGUGGAAAUGGGUGGAUGGUAAACCACUGACCACUGCGUACUGGAAUGAGGGGGAACCGAAUAAUCAAGGUGAUGAGGACUGUGCUGAGAUUUAUGUUAAUCCAGGAAUGAAGAACUGGAAUGACAGUCCAUGCCUCAAUAAAAGAAUAUGGAUCUGUGAGAAGAGUUAUUUUUAG